AUGUCUUCACGCGAUCAAGAGGGUGGACAACCGCCGUCCAAACCUUUCUCUCUGUCACUCUCCAAAUCAAAUGGUCCGAAGAAGACGGCCUUUAACAUUCAAUCCGCAAAUCGCGGGCGUCCCACUGGCCCAGCUCAAAGCCGGUCCCUUCCUCAGCGGCCGCACCAGCUCGGCAAUGAUGACGACUCCGAAGAAGAAGAAGCCCCGCCGGCCCACGAAGAAGUCUCGGGCUUCGACACUCACACCGGUGGAGCCAUCACCGCCGAUGGAAAAGCGGUCGAAGAUACCAACAAACCAUUGAUCAUUCCUGUUACAAGCAAGAACAACUGGCGCGAUCGAGCGGGUAUCAAUGUCAAAAAGGGAAAGAAGAAUCUACUGCCGCGCGAGGUGCAAGCUAUGCAAGAGGCCGAGAAGAUUGGACAAACACCGGGACAGCCUACUAUGGAGACAGAUGCACCGAGCAUGGCAUUCGGUCUGAGCUUUGCGAAGGAAGGCGAAGAAAAGGCCCAAGACAGCGAAGCAGCGAACGAAGAUCAGCCUAUGCCCGAUGCAACACCUGUUGAGACCAAGCCUCUUACAGACGAUCAGAUUGCCAUGCAGGCGCUGAUCAGCGAGAGUAAGGGCGAGGUUGAGCGAAGGUCUGAUCUAGUCAUUCAGGCUGCAGCUAAAGACGGGGAUGACGACGAUGAAGCCCCAGUCCAUUACUCCGAGACUGGCUCUUUCCGCGCAGACAUCGCAACGCGGCCCGAGUCUGCGACUUUGGACGCCUACAAUGCCAUUCCUGUUGAAGAUUUUGGUGCUGCCUUGCUACGAGGAAUGGGCUGGAAAGAUGGCCAAUCCGUCGGACGAGGCAACUAUGGCAGUGCUGCGGCGGCAGAGAAGGCCAACAAACCUCGUGUCCCAGAACGACGACCUGGAUUCCUCGGUAUUGGUGCAAAAGAUUCAUCUGGCGGCAAAGGGGCUGAGACCGAGCUUGGUGCCUGGGGAAAAUCGGCAAUGCGCAAGGCAUCCCGGAAACAGGGCGAGGAAAACGACAAGGCCGAGGGUGUUUAUAUGCCUAUCACCAUGCGAAACAAAAAGACCGGCGAGCACCUAACUGAAGAGGAACUUGCUGUUUUACAGAAGGAGGCCAAGUCUAAACCUCCCCAGGAGGACGACUGGCGCGAGCGAAGAGAUCGCAACCUCGAAAAGAGCGGCCGAGACAAGGAUCGUGACCACGAAUAUCGCAAACGCGACUAUGACGACGAGGAUCGCUCUCGCCGACAUACUAGCUCUUCGCGCCGUGACCGCAGUCGAUCUGCUGGCCGCCAUUCCUCGAGCCGAUCUUCGCGAUCUCGUUAUGACGACGAUAGGAGUAGGGAUGACCGGUCCUAUCGUGACCGUGAUCACGACCGGGAUCGUCGCCGAGACCGCGAUGACCAUAAGGAUAGAAGAAGAAAUGGAGACCGAGACCGCGAUGGGGAUCGGAGUCACAGAUCGCGAGAUGAGAGGUAUAGUAGCUCCAGGCACUCGUCCCACUCAUAUCGACAUGACCGUGACCGUGACCGUGAUCGCGAUUCCCGCCGCAGCCGACGAGACGAUUAG